AUGGCUCCUGAGAUUGAACGUUCAGCAGGUCGUACAUCAAAAGUAAGAACGUCUAUACCUUUCGAUGGCCCAAGAGACAAUGCUAGCCCUCGUCCAGCCAGUCAAGAGCCAGAACGAUCAUCACCACCACCACCAAGACCAAUCGUGGAGGGAAACGUGCAAAAUGGCAAUCCAUCGACUUCAAGGCCAGAGAAACGCCCUGCUGAUGCAGAAGUAGGCGAUCGCCAUCCACCUAUAAACACACCAGAGCAAUCACAGCAAUCAACAGCACAUUCCGAUCAAACUAAAGAAGAAGCUGAAGAAGCCGAUCAAAGCACAACUUCAAAUGUUGAACGAAGUAGAUCCUCAUCUUCACCACAUGCAUACAAGAAAAGAAGAACCAUUACGCAAUUCGAAAAGAUUGAAAUUUGUAAAAAAGCAAAAGAUAUCUAUCUUUCUCACAAAAAGAUUGCCGAUAUGUUUGGAAUCGAAAGAACGGCAGUAACGAAGAUUGUGAAAGAAUCGGAUUAUUGGCUUUCGUUAAAAGGAGAAGAUCUUUCCGAGGAAGGAAUGAAUAGGAUUAGACGUACAACGGAUGAUUACAAACGAUCAAAAGGUAUUCCCGAAAGUGGUCCCUCUUUACAUAUGCAACCACAGUUCCUUCCGCCUUAUCAUCUUCAACAUCAACAGCCACCGCACCUACCUAUGGGGUUUCCACCCCCUUUUGUCGCUCAAAGAUGCGAUCAUCAAGUGCAAAUAGCCCGUUUACAAGAUGUUGUUGGAACUUUACAACGUUAUCAUAAAGGAACGGAAGAUGCGGUAGAACGAAUCGAGAAGGUGAUCGAAAGUCUUAUGCAAAAUCAUUAA